AUGGUCAAAGUGAAUUGGUUGCAGCGCUUGACCAAUUACGGCCUUUUGCACGUCUAUUGGCUGGUCCAAACUUUUGUUCACCCCCAUUCGACGGACUUAUCAGUCCUUCGAAAGUCCAGCAGCCGAUAUCGCCAUCUACCCGGUUUCGAUAGCCCACUCACCUUUGAAAUGUACUCGGGCUAUCUACAGGGUGCAACCCCCAAUGUCCAAUUACACUAUGUUUUUGUCGAGGCGGCGAGUGGCUCUGCCACCGCACCCCUCGUUCUCUGGCUCAAUGGGGGUCCUGGUUGCUCCUCUCUCAUGGGCAUGUUCACCGAAAACGGACCUUUGUUUUAUGCCAACAUUGUCUAUAUUGAGGCUCCAGCUGGGGUAGGAUUUUCAUUUUCUCGUGAUGGCAACGUCACAACUGAUGACGAUUUGGUCGCCGACAAUAACUACUUCGCCCUGACCAACUUUUUUGGGAAAUUUCCCGAAUUCAAGGGUCGUGACUUCUACAUAAUUGGGGAGAGUUAUGGCGGAGUCUACGUGCCCACCUUGGCCCUUCGUGUUGUAAAUCACCCCGAAGUGAAACUCAAGGGAAUCGCAGUGGACAAUGGGCUCACGAGUUACACCCUGAAUGAUAACUCACUUCUCUACUUCGCCUACUAUCAUUCGCUUAUCGACGCGAGUCUUUGGGCAGAUCUUGUGAACUACUGCUGCGAUGGUAAACUGGUUGGUCGCUGCCUGUUUACAUUGAAUCGCUCCCCUAAAUGCCAGGACGCCGUGAGAAGUGCAGCCAGUAUCCUGUCGUAUGGAUUAAACAUGUAUAAUCUCUACGCUCCCUGCGAUGGCGGUGUUCCUGAAAAUGGCUCAUCGAAAGUUGCGAAGACAAAUCCAACUUAUAGACAUCUAUUCUCUUGGCGAGGCAUUAUUGAAAGACUCAGCCGCAGAUAUGACCAAUGGCUACGAAGAAUGCGUGUUUUCUCCUUUGGUCCUGUAAAACGACGCCGGUCGAGUGUAAUUUCUCGGGAGCAGGUCGAUUGGGGCAAUUUGUUCAGAUUUCUACCAAAACGCAGCGAGGGCUCUCUUAAUGGGAUGGUGCUUAAGUGCUCCGACGAUUCCAUUCAGAUAGAGUAUCUCAACAUGCCAGCGGUCCGGUCAGCUCUUAACAUUCCUAAAAGCGUACAGGAUUGGUCCGUCUGUGACGAUGAGGUGUACACACAGUACAAGCGUAUCUACUUCGAUCUGAGUAAACAGUACCGGACACUGUUGGAAAAGGGGAUUCGAACUCAUAUUUUCAAUGGCGACGUUGACAUGGCGUGCAACGCUAUUGGCGACGAGUGGUUCGUCAACGACAUGGGAUUACCUCUGAAAGUCCCUCGACAUCCUUGGUUCUUUAACGCUACCGACGGCACCAGACAGAUCGGCGGCUACAGGAAGAGCUUCUUGGUAGAGGUUUCCAGUACGACUCUCACCUUCUCGACAGUACGUGGCGCGGGCCAUAUGGUGCCCACAGACAAACCACUGCCCGCUUUCACCCUCUUUAGCGAUUUCCUCUGGGAUCUCAACUAA